AAAAAAUAUAUACAUAAUAAUUUUGAAUAUUAUUUAUAAAUUUGUGAUGCGAAUAAAUGAAAAACACUUGAAAAACUAAAAUUGUGUUACAAUAGUUAAUGUUAAUCAACAAUCAAGUGUUGUGUAAACAAUUUUGUGACAUCUUUUGAACAAAAAAAAGAAAAAAAAUAAAAAUAAAAUUGUGACAGAAAAAAAAAUAAGUUUAAUCUAAAAAAAUAAGGUGUAAUGAGUGAGUGAGUGAUAAUGGAAUCACCUGUAAUGUAUGAAACAACUGCCCACCAGCCACAAAAUCAAGGUGGUGCAGAAUUAAAAAAAUCAUCAGUUUUAACAAAUGUAAAUAAUAAUACAACAAAUGUAAAUAAUAAUAAUACAAAUGUAAAUAAUAAUAAUAAUUCAUCACUACAAGUGAAUCAUAAUCAACAAACAAGUAGUACUGUUAGUAAAGUGUCAGCAAGUAAAGCAAGUCUUCAUCAACAAUAUGCUGAGCAUUGUGCUGCUGCUGGUGAAUUAACUGAUUUAAAUACACCAGAAAUAUCAUUAGAUUUACAACAUCUAAUUGAUGAUUCACAUUUUAAUGAUGGAUUAUUGGAUAUGCUAAGUGGUGGUAGUAGUGGUAGUAAUAAUAAUAAUAACAAUAAUAAUAAUGGUGUUGUAAAACAUGUCAGAACAACUGGUUAUCCAAGAACAACAUUGGCAUAUAUGCCACAACCAGUGCAUAGUGGUGCAAGUUAUCAUCAAGGUAGUAACAGUUGCAGUGAUAGCAAUAGUUCAAGUUCUGAUUCACCAAGUAUAAAAGAAGAACCACUUGAUCCAACAGAUUAUCGUCGACAUUGUCAACAAUUUACAACAAAUGGUUAUAGUCCAGGUAAUGGAACAUUUACAAAUAAUGGACAAACAUUUACAACACUUACAUCAUCAAAUGUACCAAUUGGACAUCCUGGUCAUAAUCAACAUCCUCAGCAUCAACAACAACAACAACAUCAACAACAACAACAACAACGUGUUGGUGGUGUUAAUGGUGGUCAAAUAAAACCAGGAAUGUCAUCACAUCAACAUCAAGCAGCAGCAGCAGCAGCAGCGGCUGCAGCAGCUGCUAGAAAACAAUCAAAGGCUAUUGACAAAGCCAGUGAUGAAUAUAGAAGAAGACGUGAAAGAAAUAAUAUUGCUGUUAGAAAAAGUAGAGAAAAAGCUAAAGUUAGAUCAAGAGAAACUGAAGAAAAAGUUAAAUUACUUGUUAAAGAUAAUGAUUUAUUAAAAAAAAGAAUUGAAUUAUUAACUGAAGAACUUAAUGUUCUUAGAUCAUUAUUUAGCAGCGUUGGUGUUGUACCUGAACAAUUGCACAGAGAAAUUUCUAGGCAUUUGGAUCAAUUUCAGCAACAUGCGGUUGGACCAAUGUAGCAUCAAAACACGUGUAUAUCAUAUUAAUGUUUUUUUUUUUUUUAUUUUUUAUUUUAUCGUCUUCAGCAUCAUUACUAUUUUUAUUUUAUUUUUAAAUUGUUAUUAUUUCUUUUUAUUUUUCGUCUUAUGUAAAGAGGUGAAUGAUGAUGUGACCUUCGAAAAACAUCGAAGAUGCAUCCGGCUGUGAAAGCGUCAUUCAUUAUUUCAUAUAUUAAACAUAUCGUUUGAUUUAAAUUUGUAAUUUUUAUUUAUUUACGAUAUAUACAGGGCGCACUAUCGCAGUCGGACAUUUAUAAUUAUAUAAAUAUAAAAUCGAUAAUCAAUUGAUCCAGGGACAAAUAAAAAAUGAAAGAAAAAAAAAAAGUGAUAUAUUUAUCUGAUGUAAAAAAAAUAUAUAUAAAUUCAUUUUUGCAAUAUAUUUAUAGUUAAAAUUUUAUUAACAAAAAAAAUAAACAUAAACAAUUGUAUUGUUUUUUUUUUUUUAUUUUUAACCGGAUGUUGUACGUAUGAUGGUCAAAUUAAUUAAUUAAAUUAACCAUUACAAUUAUUAUUUUAUCUAUCACACGAGACUCACAAAAAAAAAAAAAAAAAAAUUAAAUAGCUGCAAUUAUAAACAAAAUAUUAAAUUCUAUAUUUCUAUGAUUUUUACAAUUUUUUUUUUUCUUUUAAGACUGGAUAUUUCGAUCGGGCUAAUAGUAAAAUUUUCAUGAAAAAUAUUAAAUCUAAAUAAAUAUGUUAAAUAUAUUUUUGAAUAAAAAAAUUUAUCUAUUUUUUCAGAUGGCAUUGUGAUUAGAUUGUCAAACUAGUUAUUUUUUUGAAUUAAUAAAAUUAGCAUAUCGCUCUUGUACCUAAAUACCUCGAGUCAUAUCGAGAUAAUUUCCUCACACGUUGAUCACUCAUCAAUACCAUCGAUUCCAUCAUUAUUUUUUUUCAUAUAUAAAAAAAAAUUAUAAAUGUUACUUAAACGCAUAUUUAAUAUUAAAAUCAUAAAUGAUGGAUACGUGUUUACAGAUGAAAUUAAUUAUUUUUUAAAUAAAUUUAUCACUCACACAUGUACGAAAUCAUGUAUUAUAGUUAAUGUUUAAUGUAUCAUAAUAAUAGAUAAAGAAAAAAAAAAAAAAAAAAUUAAUAUUAAAUAAUAAUUAAUUAAAAUACAUAAAAGUUAAUAUAUUUUUGUUAGACAUUGUGUAUGUGAAGCAAAAAUGAUUUUAAUCUUUUUUUUUUUUUUUUUUUUUUUGUGUGGGUCAUGUGUUGGGUGAAGAGAGAAUAAAGAAAGUUUUAAUAUUGAAUUAAUUUUUUUUUCGUGGGAAUAAGUGUUAUGCAUUAAUUCAAUUCAAAAUUUUACUGUCAA